AUGUCUAGUGCUGCUGAUCGCGAAGCCGUCUUCCCCACCCGGCAGUCGCUGGGGAUCAUGAAGGCGAAGCUCAAGGGGGCAGAAACGGGACACAAGAUUACACGGCGGAUUGACGAGGCAAAGAGGAAGAUGGGACGUGUCAUGCAGAUCGCUGCCUUUUCGCUUGCCGAAGUCACAUACGCGGUCGGCGGGGACAUCGGGUAUCAGGUGCAGGAGUCGGCAAAGUCUGCUCGCUUUCGAAUCCGUACGAGACAGGACAAUGUCUCUGGCGUCCUUCUUCCGGCGUUUGAGAGUUUUCUGACCGAAGGCAAUAAUGACUUUGGGUUGACCGGCCUGGGGAAAGGAGGCCAGCAAGUUCAACGUUGCCGGGAGACUUAUGCGCGGGCUGUCGAGGCCUUGGUCGAGUUGGCCAGCCUGCAAACCGCCUUUGUGAUACUCGACGAGGUUAUCAAGGUGGUCAACCGAAGAGUCAACGCCAUUGAGCACGUCAUUAUACCACGGACGGAAAACACCAUCAAAUACAUCAAUUCCGAGCUAGAUGAACUUGACCGUGAGGAGUUUUACAGGCUGAAGAAGGUAGCCAACAAAAAACAACGAGACACUGCCGAAGCAGAUGCCGAGACGAAGGCCAAGCGAGAGGCACCCUUGGCCGACACCGGAGCCGCCCAGGAUCACGGGGAACAUGGCGCUGCCACCACAGAUAUCUUGGCUGCAGAUGACGAUGAGGACGUCAUUUUUUAA